CCUCCACCCCCUUAUGUAGAAAAAAAAAAACCUCCUCCCCAUUUACGCACCGUGCGUAAAGCGGUUCACUCCGUGUCCAGAGCGCACAGGCAGAGGAGCCGGAGAUUGUUACAAACUGUCUCUGAAUCUAAGGACGUUUCGUUAACGGGACACAUGCCCGAAUUUACCGGCGGGUCGCGCUCAUCAAAAGUGACAGCGUCGUGCACGUGAGCGGGAUUGUUGUCAUCGUGCCGCCGGGAAACGUGGAGGACGAGGGAGAGGGUGACGCGGCUGCUCAGAGAGGGCGCUCCGCCGGGACACGGACCAGGAUGGGGAUUUAAACUCGCAGCUGCCUCAACAGAAACGACGUGUUCAUCCUUAUUGUUAUUUUUCUCUCAUGCACCCGGGAGCCGCGUGACCGUCCCCACGGUGUGUGUCGGGUGUGCGCGCGAGACAGAGCAAGGAGAACCGGGAUCCGAGAGCGCCACCGCCGGGAGUCGGGCUCCGUGCUGACCGAGGACCGGACACUCAGAGCCGGACGCACAGGCUGUGUGAGAGAUUGUGUGUGUGUGUGUGAGUGUGAAUGUCUGUAAAAUGCCGCUGAAGGACGAACGCGUAUGAUUGGAUAUGGAGGCCGUCAGCGUAGCCAACGACACACAGGACGAGCUCCGCUUCCUGCCCACGUCUGACGAUGACCCCGGCCACGUCGGUUACCGUGACUACGACCCAGAUGCCAGCGCCGUCCCACCAGUGCUGCCGACACUGCUGUUCGAGGGCGUGAAUUUUCCAGAGGACCCCAUCAGGCUGCUGAGUGUGCAGGUGGUGUUGAUCCUGGCCUACAGCACCAUCAUCGUGCUGGGGGUUCUGGGUAACUCUCUGGUUAUCUACGUCAUCUACCGCUUCAAGACGCUCCGCACCGUCACCAACUUCUUCAUCGCUAACCUGGCUGUCGCCGACCUCCUGGUCAACACGCUGUGCCUCCCCUUCACCCUCGUCUACACGCUGCAGGAAGAGUGGAAGUUCGGCAGCACCCUCUGCUUCCUGCUGCCCUACGCCCAGGGGCUCGCCGUGCACGUCUCCACGGUGACGCUCAAUGUCAUCGCCCUGGACCGACACAGGUGUAUCGUGUACCACCUGGAGACCAGGAUGCGUAAGGACGUGUGUUUUGGCGUGAUUGCGUUGACGUGGGUGCUGAGCGCUGUGCUGGCCAGUCCGCUGGCCAUCUUCAGAGAGUACAGCUCCUUAACUCUGGAGCCUGGACCCAGCAUACAGGUGUGCACGGAGAAGUGGCCCGGUAAAAGCACCGACGGCACCGUCUACAGCAUCUCCAUGUUGAUCCUGCAGUACUUCCUGCCGCUGUCCAUCAUCUCCUUCGCCUACGCCCGCAUCUGGUCCAAGCUGCGUGGCCACGUCAGCCCGGCGGAGACCUGCGGCAACAGCAGCGCCAGCUCAGACCGCCACCGCAGACGCCGCAAGACCACCAAGAUGUUGGUGACCAUGGUGGUGGUGUUCGCCGUCAGCUGGCUGCCCUUCCACGCCUUCCAGCUGGCCACCGACAUCGACAGCACAGUGCUGGACAUGCGCGACUACCGCCUGCUCUACACCGUCUUCCACGUGGUCGCCAUGUGCUCCACCUUCGCCAACCCGCUGCUGUACGGCUGGAUGAACCGCAACUAUCGCGCUGCCUUCCUCGCCGUCUUCAAGUGUCACAAGGGCGGGGAGCGAGGGAGGAGCGGCCGGCUGGACAGCAUUCAUCCACUCGGGGGAGGGGAAGGAGGAGGGAGAGCAAAGAAGAUAGUGCUGGAGACGCAGGACGUGGUGUCGACCCACCUGAACGCCACGGACGUGUGAGCGACGGAGGGAGGGGGUGAUGGAGGAGGGGAAGGAGAUGACAAGAUGGUGAUAAAGAGAUUACAGAGGCAGGAAGGAGAAGAGAGAAUCAUUGUCAGGAAAUCCUGUCCCCCAGUUGUUCCCCAGACAACAAUAGAUACAAGAAGAAGACGAGAUUCCACACGGAGACAGAAAGAGAAGGAGAUAAAGAUGCAGGAGAAAAUAGAAACGACAAAGUGAGAGGAGGCUGACGGGGGGGAUUAAUGAGGUUCUGGAAUCCGAUGGUGUAUAUGAGCAGGGAUUAGACAAAGAAUGACAGAAGAACAGAAUCAAGUUCUCCUCGACCAAUCAAAGCGCCGUCGCUUUGAGGACAAUUCAAAUGUUUUUCUUCAGCUUUGUGAAACUGAAAACAUUUAAAGUUUACCGACUGCAGACGAACAGAUCUGGAGCUCUCCAAAACAUUUAUCAUGAAACUAUGAUUGUUUUCCCAAAAGAGUCUGACGAUAAAAACUGAUUCAACAACGCCAAACAUAGGGCUUAACUCCACCUCCAUCCCACACGUGAAGCAUUCAGCUUGUACGUUUAACACGCAGCGCUUUGUGACGGAGAGGAGUGAACACGUGGCCGCGCUGCGAGGAUUUAACCGCUGGUGGCAGCCAAUUGUCCAUAAUUGUGUUUUCCAGAAGCGAGCAAAACUGAAGGCACUGGGGAACCGCGUCAAAACAAUUCUGACAGGCAAAAAAUAAAAAGUUUGGACGGGUUCGAGGAUGCAUGAUGCAAGAUUUGUGUAAUGUCCGACAUUGUUACGUCAUGAAAAUGUGUUUGAUGUGCAUUAUUCUGCAAAACAAAGCAGCGUGCAGGAGUCGGACGAGAGGCAUGGUGACUAAGAGGGGAGAGCGAGAGGUCUGAAUAUAACUGAUUGGGAUUAAAAAGAGGAGACGCUUUGUUUUUCUUUUUCAUGGAUGAAGGACGGAGAGCAGAGGAUGAAGAGAAACAAGAGGGGAUCAGCUGGGAAAAAGAGGGAUAAUGAGGCAAAAGAGAAAGAGAGAGAGAGAGAGAAUUCAAACAAACACAAAUGAGUGUUUAUUCCUUUAUUUUACUUCUUUUUUCUGUUUCACUGAAAAAACAGUUUUAAUAAUAAUUCAAGUUAUCGAUCGCGUCAUUUUCAAGCCUUAAACCACAACCAGACUCUUGAUUCAAAUUGAUGCAGCUGUCUUUUUGUUAUACCACAUGUUCUUCGACCGUGCGACACCUGGUUCCCUACGUCACCCACAAUGCAACUCCAGCACCAGAGGUUGCGUGGCCGAUCCAGAUGUGUCCUGCUAAGAAUGGCUAAUGCAGAUGAGGGGCCGGAUACAGAGGCCUGGUGAGCUCGCGACCCCCGACCCUGGCACGAGGAUAACGGUCAGAUGUCACACAGCGCCCCCUACAGGCUCAGUAAACUUGUCGUGUGUGUUGUUGUGAAAUCAGUUCAGGCUCAGAAAGAGAAACUUAGAGGAGUGAGGGAUGAAUUUAAAAGGGCCAGCAUCUGAAUUUUAGAGUUAUCUUCUGUGUGUGAGUAUCAGAAGGAGCUGAGUUCUGGAUGCAGCCCGGGGGAUCAAACAUACGGGACGUGGCCGGGGACUGAAUCUACUGCAUUUCAUUUGUGUCCAAAACUUAUCGCAAUUUGUUUUUCUCCGUCGCCCGAGAAGCUUCAGGCGCUGCACUGCCAACACACCCUCCACCUGUGGGCAUAUCCAUCGAGCUGCCGAUCAAAGGCCACUGAUGUCUUGGCUCAUGCAGAUCGGCCGAACAGAUGGAAGCUCAACACGGCAAAAGUACAACUUAUUAUUUUUUAAAGCCCGUUGGACGUCCAAAGGGCUUUAAAAAAUAAUAAGUACAACUUUGGGCCUUCUCGGCUCAACAUGUGGGCUCUGAUUUGAGGCUCAUUCAGUCUGCUUCUCCUACAAAUUAAAAUGUGUCAGUUUUAAACAAUAUAACCGUCUCAACUAUAUAAUUCCUGCUGAGGAAUAAACAAACGCAGGGGUGAAAACCUCUUCGACGGAGGUAAUUAAACUUAAAUCUCCCUCUCGGUUUAUUUCCACAACACCUUCAGCUGCAGUUCAACUCAUGCAUUAAACGAGCAGCAGUUAUAUAUUCUAAUUGUCAUAUUUCAAAUUAAAUUCGUUUAAACUGUGAUCACCAAAGGUCAUUUUGUAUUUUAGAAUUUGAAGGUGAAUUAGCAUAUUGUAAUUAUAACUCUCGGUCUACCUCCGGCUGCAGCUGUGUCAUCAUACAAAUGGUCUGAAUAACAGCACUUUGCUCACGUUAAUGAAAGUUCCAGUUGUAUUAGUUUCAACUGUGGGAUAAGAAAAAGUGAUUAGAAAGAGAGUAGAGUUUAGACUGGGAUGUUAGAGAGGAUCAAACCCUGCAGAUAAAAUCCUAAAUGAUUUCUGGACUCGGCCUGUUUGUCCCCUUGCUCGUCCCCUUUAAAUCCCUCGAUCAGCAGAUCCUCUCUCUCUCUCUGUCUCUGAGCUAUGUCACUGCCUCGCCCAAGCCAAAAUCCCACAAUCCCCCUCUGUUCCCUCCCUCCGAACCUCGCCAGCUGUCGAUCUCCAUCCUCGCUCUCUUCCCCUAUGAACGCACGCCUCAACAACUCAGAAAUGGCGUCUCUCUCUCUCUCUUUCUGAGGACAGACAGAAAAUAAUAAGAACUAUCUGUUCUGUUUCAGAGUCACAAUCAUUCCUCACGAAAAGACAGUUUCAUCUCGUCGAUGUUUCAAACGUGUGUUUGACUGAAUCCACCAGAAUCAUUUUCGAGGCAUGAUUUUCAGAUUCAAUUUAAAAACAAACCAACACGUGCUUUAGUUCAACAGCAGCAGCUCAAUGAGAUCAAACCUGGAUUUGAGUUGGACGACUUUAAAGUUUUUUACAACGUCACAUUGAGGAAAUGGGUCAAACAGGUUUUCAGAAAGAGUUUGACUUCACCUUGUUUGCUCUAAGUCCCCAAAGCUAUCCCACAAUGCAUUGCAUGGAUACAUCAUUGUGCUCUCUUGUCAACAGACUGAAGGAUUGUUAUUGUUAUUUUUGGCGUCCAGGGUGUCGAGAGUAAAAGUGCAGGUCUGGAGCGAUGAGUCAGAAGUUAGUCGAAGGUUCAAACUGACCACUCAAAAAAUGAAAGAAAGAAGUUGUCUUCAUCUCCCAUGGUGCAUUUUGGUCAUAAAUAUCCAGUCAAAGUUGUUAAUACCAAUACUGCAAGUAUUUAAAUUACAGUUUGAACUAGAAUUUCAAUCAAUUCAAUUUUAACUUUCACGUAUAAUAAAUCCUCCCAAUUCUCAACAGAGACGACAAAAAACAAACCUGCGGAAUUCAGAAUUUCUUGAAAACUCUGGUUGUGAUGUGUUACUGAUGUUUUUCAGAACCGGCGCAGGAGCAGUUAAUUUAUCCACAUUUUAUUCCUAUAGAGUUUCUGUUCCUGCAUCACAGCUAGCUGAAUAAAUUGUUAACCCCUGUGGCGUUACGUAAAUAUUAGCAUCCAUUUUGCUGUUGCCUAGCAGCAACAACUUGCGUGCACACUGUGUAAAUGCCCUCCGACAUCGUAACCACAACCUCAUGGGUUCCAUUAAAGGGCAGCAUAUCGACACGUCAUGGGCGCCAAUUGGCUCAUUACUGCCCCCCACAGUACAUAAUUGUUCAAUUUGAUGGGUGUGAACCUCCGACCUUGCUCCCAUCAUGCUCAGCGAAGCUGGUAAAAGCACCAUGCCUCAGCAGCUCGAUCCUUGUAAUUGGCUGAUCUGAUGGAACAAGCAUCGCAAGGGUUUGUUGCUGCACCUGAAGCUUUUUCCUUCACUUAAAAAUCACAAAUUAUUCCUUGGGAGGAGGUAGAGAGGAAAAGGUUAGCGUGUGCUGGGGAUGGCGAGAUGACAGCCCUGAUAUGUUUUCAUUUAUCUUUGGAAAAUAAAUCCACGGCUCCUCAUCCAUCACGUCUUCUGAUGAGGUUUGUGACAGGACAUGAUGCUGCUCGACCUUUACCAAACAUGAAUGUAAACUGCUUUGUACCAUGACCGUAACGCUGUAUAUUGUGUAAUUCUGUGUAAAUAUCAACUGUGUGAAUGAGUGUAACCAAGCACAAACUGUUGGCCUUUACCCAACAACUGAUCAUUCUCAAGCACAAA